AUGAAGGGCUUCCUUCGGCUGUUCUUGGGCUACUUGGUGGCGGACCUUCUCACCCUCUUGGGCCGGGCGCAGGAGAAAGCCGGACAGCACUUGGGCAGCAUCGUGAUGCUCUCCGGGGGGAACCAGAGCCGAACCGGGGAGCCGCACGCCGACGCCUCGGAGCCGCCCCCUACCCCGGAGAAAUGCAGGGGCUACUACGACGUGAUGGGCCAGUGGGACCCGCCGUUCAAUUGCAGCGUCCGGGAGUAUCCUUUCUGUUGCGGCACUUGUGGCUUUCGCUUUUGCUGCAAGUACCAUAAGGGCCGCUUGGAUCAGGAGAUCUGCACCAACUACAUCAUGCCCCCCUGGCUGAACGGGACCAAGCUGACCAACCGCCCCCUCGACCCUUCCCACGACCCUACUCGAGACAAAACCAACCUCAUCGUCUACAUCAUCUGCGGGGUGGUGGCCAUUAUGGUGCUGGUGGGGAUCUUCACUAAACUGGGGCUGGAGAAAGCCCAUCGACCUCAGCGGGAGCACAUGUCCAGGGCUCUUGCUGACGUUAUGCGACCAGAAGCUCACUGCACGACGGAUCACAUGGAACGAGAUCUCAACAUUGUAGUCCACGUGCAACACUAUGAGAACAUGGAGACGAGGCCGCCUGCAAAUAACUUGCAUGCUACACAAAUGAAUAACACGGUGCCAACAUCGCCUCUCCUCCCGCAGCUGACCCACCCGCACUCCUACCCAAGCAUGGGACAGAUCACAAAUCCGUACGAACAGCAGCCACCAGGAAAGGAGCUGAACAAGUAUGCAUCCCUAAAAGCUGUAGCUGACAAGGUCAACGAAGACUUCUACUCCAAACGGCGCCACCUCUCAGAGCUCACCGCAAAGGGGACUCUGCCCCUCCAUCCAGUGCGUGUUGAGGAGGACCGGCCAUACAUCCUUGAGGGAGGCACGAUGAAACAAAACGGGCAGAAGUCCAAAGCCUCAAAGCCGCAUGUGCACCCCUUAGCGUACAAAACCUGGGACCCUAGCGACCAGUCCCUCCGACGGCAGGCCUAUGCAAUGAAAGGGAGGCACCUUGGCGUGGACCCUGCGGGGAGCGACCCGCUAACGACUCGGAGUCAGCAUUUCUUCCCUACACAGCCAUACUUCAUUACUAACAGCAAGACAGAAGUGACUGUUUGAGAUCCGUUUGCUUUUUACUCUUUUUUUAAAAACGAGAAAAAAACCCACACAACUGAAAGAGGCAAAAAAGAGAGAAAGAGAGAGAGAGAGAAGGAGAAACAGCAUAACUAAAAACUAGGAACAAGGAGAGGUGGAGAUUCCUGAUUAAGGUUAUCCGGCUAUCAACCGAAGAUUGGGUUAGCGCUAUAAAGCAAUACACCGAAGGUUGUUGAAACUCCAUUUGUAUUUUACACUGGAAAUUAACCCCUUGGGACUUUUCCUUCCUUCCUUCCUUCCUUCCUUCCUUCCUUCCUUCCUUCCUUCCUUCCUUCCUUCCUUCCUUCCUUCCUUCUCCAAAUUUAAAUCCAUGAUGAGAAGUAGCACAAUUUAAAGACACCAUCCGUCUGCUUAAGAACUCUUUCUGCAAUGUCCCUGCCUUGGGGGUCGGUGGGCAGAGAAACAACACCAUAUAUCUGGUCGUGGGAGGAGGGGAGGACAUUGUUAAGGUCCGGACAUUUUUUUGUACAAAUGUUAAGAAUUAUCUGACUCACUAGAUCUGUGAAGAAGGGGGGACACUGAAACGAAGAGCAAACGCCUUGAUUGAAGCCCUCACGUCUUAGUGUUGCCUCUUUUUGGUUUCGGUACCAUCACUAAAGAAGCAAGAAAAAAAAUCUGCACACACAUGAAACAUAAGAAAAGAUCUAAGACUGUUGUGCAAAACCUGUGAAGACUGUUAUAACUGCAAGCAUCUGGAGACUUUCUAGGUAGCGGAGAGCUCACAAGAGUUGGGUUAUUGGGGGUUCCCCCCAGACACACUUUUACAUCUCACAUUUUCCAGGACCUUGCGGGGGUGGGGGCUGGAGGACCAGAAGAAGCAGGUCAGGAAUGCCUCAUCUGGUCCAGCUUGCCCUUUCCAUGGCCGAUGAGUAAAGAUAGUUGCUCUGCAGCCUGUCCUGAAUUUUUCUUAACCUUGUUCCCCCCAGCCCCCUAGUUUCCAGUGACUUUGGACUGAAGAUAAACAAGCGUGGCUGGUGCCUUUACUGUAUUGCUAAUGUUCAAUGAUUGUCUUGUUUUUAAGUGAAACCUAUACCAACUCUGGAUUCUUUCUUCAUGUGUGGGACUCGACUGAUCCAACGUCCUUCCAUCCAUUUUGCUGCCGAGAGUGAACACAGCUCACGUUUCCCAGACAUGUCACCUUUUUGCAAGGCCAGACGCUGAGCUCCUUGCUCGCCUCUUUCCUUGUCAGAAAACCCUUUCCCUGCCUCAGAUCACCCUAGCAGUGGCACCUGGUGGCUCCAUGUCAGUGGAGCAGUGGAAUCCGUGCCGAGUUUUAGUCUGAACUCCCAAGGAGGCUGUCCAAGGUGGUGGAGCACCUUGGAUAAGGCCUUGGGAGUUUGGACUGAAACCCGGAGCGGAUUCCACUAACAUGGAGCCACCAGCCAUCACUGUCCCCUAAUGCAGAGAUUGCAACAUGGCAUCCUCUAGACGUUGUAGGACUCCAAAUCCCAUCAGCCUCAGACAGCAUGGUCAGUAUUCAGGGAUGAUAGAAGCUGUGGUCCAACAACAUCUAGCAGGUGUCACGUUGCCUACCCCUGUCCAUCUUUGCAUAUAUGGCAAUGUUCUGUUGUAACUCCUUCUAACUCUCCCUUUCUUUCUCUCUCUCUCUCUCUCUCCCCCUUAUUGUUAAUCCCCUUUUAAAAGUCCAUGUGGUAAAGGGUGUGUGUGUGUGUGUGUCACAUGCUACCAUUUCCCAUCAAGGAA